CCCCGGCACGCCAGGCGGCCCCGCUGCAGGUGCCGCCGCCGCCUGGGGAGGCGGCGCGGCGAGCAGCUCGAGGGCGACGGCGCCGGGCGCUCCCCGCGCCGCCGCCACGGGCGCUAGGUUACGGAAGGUAGAGGCGCUGACCACACAGCUGCUCGACGAGUGCGGCUCGCUGCCCCUGGACGUGAAGCCCGACGCUGUCGCGGCCAUUGCCUCCAAGUUCGUGGAGCGCCUGCAGCCCGAGCACCUGGCGAAGAUCGCCGAACAGUUCGCCGACGCCGUCGCCCGCGACGCCGCCGCGGACGGCGGCGAGGCCUGGGAGCGCGGGGCGCACGGCCAGGAGGAGGACGUGGUGGUGAUAGCCGAGGACGACGCCGAGGACGCCGGCGAGCUGCGGAAGGGGGAGGGACACGACGACGGAGCCCGCGGUUUCGAGGCCACUCAGGAGCUGAUCGACAAGAUGCAGG